AUGAGAGAAAAUUUAUCAGUCUGCUUCCAGAUGAAUGAGCUUGGAGAGCUCAAACACUUUUUGGGACUAGAGGUCGAUUGUACAAAACAAGGGUUGUUUCUUUGUCAACAAAAGUAUGCAAGAGACCUACUAGAGAGGUUUGGGAUGCUUGACUGUAAACCAUUCUCCAUACCAAUGGAGCCAAAUGGGAAAAUGUGUGCACACGAAGGAAAAGAUUUGGAGGAUGCAUCCAUGUAUCGACUGAUAGUAGGUACUCUAAUCUACUUCACCUUAACCCACCCUGAUAUUUCCUAUGCAGUUGGAGUGAUGAAUCGAUACAUGAAAAAUCCAAAGAAGUCUCAUUUAGAAGUGAAGGGUGAAAAUUGCAAGCUAGUUGGCUAUUGUGAUGCUAACUAUGCAAGUGAUCAUGAUACUCGUAGAUCAACUACAGGGUAUAUGUUUAUGCUUGGAUCUGGAAUAAUUUCUUGGUGUAGUAAGAGACAAUCGUCAGUUUCUUUGUCAACAAUUGAAGCAGAAUACCGAGCAGCAGCAAUGGAAGCUUAA